AUGAACAGACAUGUCAUCGCCAAGAUGCUCUACGAACUCAUUGCAAUUGUCCGACCGGGCAACCUCUCCGAGGUGAAAGAAAUCGCCCAGACUGUCGGCUCCCUCGUCCUCAAGAAUGGCGGCGUCGUGCGCGGCCUCGCCAACUGGGGCGUCUUCUCUCUCCCCAAGCCCAUCUCGGUGCAUCAGAUGAAGCACACCCACGGCCACUACUUCGUCAUGCGAUACGACGCCGCCUCCAAGGUGCACCAGGACGUCCGCAAUACCCUGCGACUCGAGCCCCGUAUGAUCCGCGCCGCCCACGUCAAGCUCGGCGACGGUAAGCUGGAGACGCUGGCGAGAUUCGGACCGCCCAAGUGGAAGACGACAGGUAGCGAGGCAUAG